UUUGCAAAUCUCUUCUCAGGUAAAGCGUGUAUGGGUAGCCUGAUCUCUCUUGAAUCUGCACUGUCCGUUGUUGUUCAGCACUCUUUGUUUCCCCCAGCCUGUUCAAUAUGUUCAUUAUCACCCUCCUUACCUGGGCCCUUUUUCACGCUGUUCUCACAGCGAGCGAGGUCGUUGGUGACAACGGAAAUUGUACAUGUGGAUUCUAUGACAGCGGGACUCAGUCUCUCUUUACAGAUUCUAUCAUCGUGUAUUUCAAUGAGACUGAGGGCCUACCUUCCGAGUUCAUUGCCGAGGAGUACAGCAAUAAGUAUGAAAAGGACUGGAACGCUAUCUACCGUCAGGGCGCUGACCCGGAGAAUCUUCAAUCUGGAAAUGGAUCCCUGCAAUUCACCGUGCAGCCCCCCAGCGAAGAUCAUAUCGUCCAGGGAGCCGGCCUUCGUACAGCGCGACGUGAUAUCCAGCAUGGCUCCUUCCGUACGCUGAUCAAAUCGCCAAGACACACAUCCGCAGGCUCGGCGAUGUCAAUGAUGUGGCAAUACAAUGAAACUGAAGUCUCGGAACUCAGCGUCAUGAACAUGAAUGAUGCUUCUGAAGCAUGGGUUGGGACCUUUGUUGGUGGAGAGUUCACCACGCGAGACCUUGGCAUCAACUACACACAGCUUCUCGAACAGCCUACAGCAAACCGUAACUACACGACUUUGGAGGGUGGCCUCAACAACGGCAGCGUCAACCCUUGGGACUUCACUGAGUAUCGCAUCGACUGGACUCGGGACUACAUCAACUUCUAUAUCGGCGGUAAUCUGACUCGACAGAUUCUACACAAAGACAACAAAGCAAUGCCUUCGGUCCCUGCACCUCUGUACCUCAAACACUGGUCCACCGGUAAUCGCUUCUCAAUGAAAGGUCCCCCUAGGCGAGCUUCAGUCGCGGAAGUUGGCUGGACUCGUAUGUUCUUCAACUCAUCCUCCAUGAACACUGCUGCACGCGAAAAUUUUGUCGCCAGAUGUUCAGUCACAGACGCAUGUAUGAUCGAUGACAACACUCUACGUGGAUCAACUGCUUUCUCUGACGAGGCUACCGAGAAAUGGCGACAAGACCCACACAAAAGCAUAAAGCGCAUGCCGGCGCUCUGGAUCUCUAUAGCUUGCCUUGCGCUAUCCACGUUCCUUCUCAUUCACACUUUUAUUCGUCGUAUGACACAGCCCAAGAUACCUGGUCACGGAGGCAGUCCGGCACCAGCUCCGUCAACUCUCAACGAGAAGACUGCUACACAGGAAGUCACUGAGCUACACUCAACUUCUUUGAUCAAGAAGUCACCAGCGUCGAGCCGGCCAACAUCUUCAAAAUAUGGAUCGGACGAUCUGACCAUCGAGCCGAUGGGCCCUAGCACUGGCACGUCAGUGGUUGGAGGUGCCACACCUAGUGGUCCUUCACGCCCAAACUCUAUAUGGUUCGACAGCAGUGCCACAACGCCGUGUGUACUGUCCCCAUACAACAGCACAUAUGAGCUAGGGAAGGAAGGUCUACCUACCGUGGACGGAAGUAAUUCUUCGUCUCGAGUCGGAUUCUCGCCCGCCAUGGUGGGUGGACAUCGGGGAUAUCUCAACAACAUUGGUUCGGAGCAGACGAUCGCUAUCCCUCACUGUUCACAGCAAACUACCGACAAGAUCCGUAUGGAGACGGUGACCGAAUCAGCAUUGCCCGCACCUCGCAUGAGAGCACAGCCGCCACCACCGCGUCAACGCAUUGAUUACUUGGCGGGCCUUGUAGCCUUGUGUGCCAUUGUUGUCACGAUCAUGCACUUCGGUCUGACUUUCGUUCCUGCUAUCGUCAUUCCAGGUGCUCCACAACACGCCAAGUCCGAGUACUGGGCUCAGAAAAUCGUCGCCCCAUUCAUUCUGAAUCAGAUGUGGCUUGGUGUGUUCUUCACCACUUCCACUCGGUUUUUGACUGCUUCUUACCUGAGGAAGGGCAGUGUCGAGGAAAUUGCGAAGGCUGCCGUGCGCAGAACACCGCGUCUCAUGAUCCCUGUCGCUACCAUCGCUUUGCUGGAGUAUUUCCUCAUCGACGUUGGGGCGACCUCGUAUCUCCGCUACAUCCCGUCUCUGACUUGGUCGACCUGGCCUUACGUCACACGAUAUGAGAACUUUGGCCAGUACAUUUCUGAAAUCCUUGAGUUGAUUUUUCUGGUACCGAAUGCUGUGCCACAGAUCACCUUCAACUAUUGCACUGGUGUACUUUGGACAAUUGCAGUCCAGCUGCAAGGCUCUUGGCUCGUCCUCCUCGGCGCAAUAGUUGUCCGAGAGAUGAAGACCACUUGGAAGCGUAUCGCAUUUUACAUCUUCUGUAUGGUCAACCACUGGUAUGCACGAUCAUGGGGCACUUACCUGUGGCUUGGUCUACUUCUCACCGACCUUGACAUUACCUACAAGUACAAGAAGUGGUUGUAUGCGCGUCCGGGAUCAUACUAUCCGCUUCUCACACUUGCUUGGCUGUGUGUUUCUGCCGGUUUCGUGGUCAAUUUACUACCAAACUGGAUGGACUUCAACUUUGCGACUGCAGAGCAUGACAUCCAUCCCGACGAAGCGACCGGCGAAGCCCUCUUGCACACAGAUAAUGCUGGUUACCCUCCUUACUAUACGCCGCGUCUGAAUGGUCUUCUAUUUGCGGGUGGUAUGCAAGUCGUCGUUGAACUCUCUACUUGCGUACAAUGGCUGCUCUCUUCUCCGCCACUGCUUGUUCUCUUUCCUCACAUCUUCACCAUCUACCUUCUCCACGGUCUCGUCUUCUGGAGUUGGGGUAGUUGGCUCAUGAUAUUCCUCGCCGAGCGUGGCUUCACGUACGGAAUCAACGUCGCCAUCGUUGGUGUCACGUCUUACGCCGUCCUCUUCCUAUGCCUACCCAUCGUUACGCCUAUCAUCGAAGCUCUCGGCAAAGACAUUACAGCUCUCGUGUGGAUGACGGCCCAAGAAAAGAGUCCUCCUCGUCGCAGGACUCUCUUCCCAUUCCCGGGUGAUUUGUUUGAGGGACGUGAGGCCAAUGGUGACUCCAAGCAAGACGUCGAGGCCAAUUCGAGCAAUCGUAGCUCGCAGCUCGUAAGAAAUAGCACUUCUAUCUUCUCAGGUAUAAGCGACGAGAAAGAAGCAACUACAUAUCAGACUACACCAGUAGCAGGCGAAGGGAGAUAGAUGGAAAGGGAUGGCAAGGAAUCUGAAGGCAGGUAAUAGAUCUCGCCUUCCUCGUACUUUAAUAGAAGAACUUUCACAAAGAUAUGGAUGGCUUCGCAGUCUGUUCACUGUACA